ACUUCUUCCAAUUCUCCGUCGACAUCCUUUGCCGACAUCUCCAAUACACCUCACAUCGCACAACAGUGCAGAUUCAAUCGGUUCGUGGGCUCCUCAUACUCCUUCACUUCGCUACCUUGAGCGCCGUGAUCGAGCAUUUCGCACGUCGUGUGCAUUUGUGGGCGCGGCUUCAGAAAGCCUGUCUACUUCGGUGACAGGUACCAGCGGGCUUAUAUACAUCGUCGCACAACAGUCUCGGCGCUUGUGGGAACACACAGCCUUGAUGCGACCAGUGGGCUGAAGACGAGAAAUUCGUUCGAGGGCUUUGCAAAUCUCACUACUUAGUACGUGAGACUCUUCACCGAGGGCAUCAACAAGACAUCUCGCUCUGCGCGAUUGUCUCGAGGGCUUUUCUGAGGGCUUUACACGACUCGUGUCGUCUGUGGGCAUUUGCUGCUGUUGCUACUGUUGCUAUCGAGAACUGACGCUUUGCGUCCUUCCUGCUGGGUUUCUGAGACGAGAGGCUACUGCCGCUGCCUCGACUGCACGUCGAGCGGCAAUUGAUACUUCGAUUGGGAUACCAAGUACUGACUAUAUCCGGGCAGAACUAUCAUCACAGACCUUCAGCAAUGGCGAAGGACAAGAAGGGAAGCAAGAAUGCAGCUGUCGUGGCUUCGGCCAAGACCAGCAAGGGCGGUAAGGCCAACAAGGCCAGCACCAAGCCUAUCGAGAAGGUUCAGGCUGGGCGCGUGAGCAAGUCCGACAAGGCAAGCUCGAAGAAGGCCGACAAGAAGUCAAAGAAGGCCAAGAAGGAGCCAACUCCAGAGCCCUCCAGCGAGAGUGAGGCAGACACCAGCGCUAGCUCGGAUAGCAGCGAGAGCGAAGAAGAGGUUGAGGUCAAGAAGCCUGAGGUCAACGGCAAGGCUAAGCCAGUGGCUGCCAAAGACAGCUCCGAUAGCGACUCGUCUGACUCUGACAGCGAGGUUGCCGCACCAAAGGUCAAUGGCGCCGCCAAGGCCGCUGCCGAAGAUGAUGAUAGCAGUGAUUCCUCUUCCGACUCCGAGAGCGAGGCUGCACCAAAGACCAACGGCAAGGCUGCUGCCUCUAAGGGCAAGGACGAAUCAUCUGACUCCAGCGAAGAUGAUUCCAGCGAAGACGAGAAGCCACAGGCUGCUGCUGCUAAGGCUGAGGCUACAACCAGCGACUCCGACGACUCGAGCGACAGCGACGAAGAAGAGGAGGAGACCAAGCCUGCGACUCAGUCCGAAAGCAAGAAGCGCAAGGCCGACAGCGAGCCAGAAGAGACGUCGAAGAAGGCCAAGACAGAGUCGAACCCAGAUGCCGUUGCCAACCUGUUCAUCGGUAACCUCAGCUGGAACGUCGACGAGGAGUGGCUCACUCGUGAGUUUGAGGAAUUUGGCGAGCUCGCCGGUGUUCGCAUCAUCACCGACCGCGACUCUGGCAGGAGCAAGGGUUUUGGAUACGUCGAGUUCACCAAUGCUGAAGACGCUGCGAAAGCUCUCGAGGCCAAGAACGAGUCUCUGCUCGACAACCGCAACAUUCGUGUGGACUUUAGCACUCCACGCGACAAGAGCAACGCCGGACCACAGCAACGCAGCAAUGAUCGCCAGCAGAAGUUUGGUGAUGCGCCAGGCGAGCCCACUGCCACCAUCUGGUGUGGUAACUUGAGCUUCGAUGCCACCGAGGACGUGGUUCGCGAGUACUUUGCCGAGCACGGUAACGUCAACAGCAUCCGACUGCCCACCGACCGUGACACUGGAGCACCAAAGGGCUUCGGCUAUGUUGAGAUGGGCUCGGUUGAGGAGGCACAGGCAGCCUUCAACGCCCUUCAAGGACAGGAUGUCGGUGGUCGCCCCGUGCGUCUCGACUACGCUCAACCUCGGCCUCCGAGAGACGACAGCUUCGGUGGUGGUCGUGGCUCGUUCGGUGGCGGUCGUGGUGGUGGCCGAGGAGGCGGACGCGGAGGCUUCGGCGAUCGUGGUGGCAGAGGUGGACGAGGAGGUCGAGGCGGCUUCUCUGACCGUGGACGUGGCGGUUCCAGAGGUCGAGGAGGGGCUUCUACCAACCGUGGAGGAUUCGGCGACUUCCAGGGCAAGAAGGUUGCAUUCGAUUAGAGCAUGAUGGUUUCAUCUGCGCGCUGUACACAGACAGAAGGAUGUUCACAUGGAGACGACAUGGAAGUCACACACUGCAAAAAGUUUUCCAAGGCGUUUGUCUGUACUUUUAGACAACGAGAGUAUCGGUGCUGUUCGGCAUUGCGGGCUGGCUAAUAAUGAAAUUG